UGAGUUUUAUAGCAACUGUUGCCCAGUGAGGCAACGCCAUAGUCCCGUAGUCCUGGCGACUGUAACCCACCAACAACAACCUCUCGCUCCAUCAUUACCACCUCCUCCACCAUCCUCAUCUUCAUCAACCAGUCCGCAGCUCAGGCGCCAUGCAGACCCCUGAAGCAGGCGCUGACUCCACCUCCACUGUCCCUCUUCAGACCGCCGUGCCUGUCCAGCCUGCCGGCUCCACCCAGCAGGUGCCUGUUCAGCAGCAGCAGCGAAACCCUGGCUUGAUUUGCACCCCUUUUUUUUGUUGUUGCUUAGAAAAUAGUUUGAGCAAUUUCAAUUUUUGCAUCUUAUUCCACCAGGCGCAGACUGUUCAACAGGUUCAGCACGUUUACCCAGCACAGGUGCAGUAUGUGGAGGAAAAUAGUGGCGUCUAUACCAACGGCAACAUAAGGACCUACACAUACUCUGAGCCGCAGCUCUACAGUCAGAACAGCGGAGGAAGCUACUUCGACACACAGGGCAGCUCAUCGCAAGUAUCUGCUGUGGUGACGUCUCAUGGAAUAACCAACAAUGGAGGAGGGAGCACUGGAGGGAUGAGCAUGGGUAUGGCAGGGGGUCAGGUAAUCAGCAGCAGUUCUGGGGCGUACCUGAUGGAUAAUGCUGGACCCCAUCCUGCCACCCCGACCGCACGAGCCUCUCCAGCCACUAUUGAAAUGGCGAUUGAGACGCUCCAAAAAUCUGAGGGUUUAUCCAGUCAGAGAAGCUCGCUGCUCAACAGCCAUCUCCAGUGGCUGCUGGACAAUUACGAAACAGCAGAGGGAGUAAGUCUACCACGAUCCACCCUCUACAAUCAUUACCUGCGGCACUGCCAGGAACAGAAACUGGACCCUGUAAAUGCAGCAUCUUUUGGCAAACUCAUUCGCUCCAUCUUCAUGGGACUCCGUACAAGGCGCCUCGGGACAAGAGGGAACUCAAAAUACCACUACUACGGCAUACGUGUGAAACCAGAUUCCCCGCUCAACAGACUUCAAGAAGACAUGCAGUACAUGGCUCUCAGGCAGCAGCCUGUUCAGCAGAAGCAGAGGUUCAAGCCAGUGCAGAAGUUUGAUGGUGGCUCCGCAGACGGUUACACAAGUGGGGGGCAGCACAUCCCUGGUGCGGCAGAGCAGACAGUCAUUGCACAGAGCCAGCACCAUCAGCAGUUCCUAGAUGCAUCACGGGCACUCCCUGACUUUGUAGAACUGGACCUGGGACAGAGCAAUAUGGAGAACAUCAGUCCAGAGGAUGUGAAAGCUCUCCAGUCCCUUUACAGAGAGCACUGUGAGGCCAUCUUGGAUGUUGUAGUCAACCUCCAGUUCAGUCUAAUUGAAAAGCUGUGGCAGACGUUCUGGCGUUAUUCACCUCCCGACACAGUAGAGGGCGCCACUAUAACAGAAAACAGCAGCAUAAGUGAGAUUGAAGCGCGGCUCCCUCGAGCGCAGCUGUUGGCGCUGUGCAGGAACGAGGCUGUUCUUAAGUGGAUGAGCACCUGUGACCAUUUAAUGUACCAGGCCCUCGUAGAGAUCCUAAUUCCUGAUGUCCUGAGACCCAUUCCCAGUGCCUUGACUCAAGCCAUUCGCAACUUUGCCAAAAGCCUGGAAGGCUGGCUUAGUAACGCCAUGAAUGCCAUUCCACAGAGAAUGAUCCAGACCAAGAUUGCCGCUGUUAGUGCCUUUGCGCAGACGUUGCGCAGAUAUACAUCGUUGAACCACCUGGCUCAGGCGGCACGUGCUGUGUUGCAGAACACAUCCCAAAUCAACCAGAUGCUGAGUGAUCUCAAUCGCGUUGACUUUGCAAACGUACAGGAGCAGGCGUCCUGGGUAUGCCAGUGUGACGAGGGAGUGGUCCAGCACUUGGAGCAGGACUUCAAGGCCACCCUGCAGCAGCAGAGCUCUCUGGAGCAAUGGGCAGCAUGGCUGGACAACGUGGUUACCCAGGUGCUCAAGCCCUACGAGCACCGGCCCAGCUUCCCCAGGGCAGCCCGACAGUUCCUGCUGAAGUGGUCUUUCUACAGUUCUAUGGUGAUCAGAGACCUGACUUUGCGUAGUGCUGCCAGUUUCGGCUCCUUCCACCUAAUUCGCCUGCUGUAUGACGAGUACAUGUUUUACCUUGUGGAACACCGGGUGGCUCAAGCUACUGGAGAAACACCCAUUGGAGUCAUGGGCGAGUUUGACAACCUCCACAGCUUAUCCCUUGCUAGCAUUGAUAAAGAUGAAACUAGCGGGAUGGACAGUGACUUGGAAGAGGACACGGAAGAGUCUGGAGAACCCCUCGCCAAGCGUGAGAAGCCGGAGCAUGAGGUAAUCCAAGUGAUCCAGGUGGGCGGACUGGAGGGCGGGCCCCACCCGGUGGUGGGUGUCGUCCAGCCGAGCGUCCUCCAUUCGCUGCCACAGGCCCUGCAGGACCACACCGAACACAUCCUAACGUCCUCUGCUGGGACUCCCACCAUUCGCCAUUGCAGCACCACAGGCAACACAUAUGCCUCCGUUUGAGGGUCUAAGGGCACAGCUCACCUUGUCUGCCUAGUUUUACCGUCUCCCUCUUCACAUCUCUCUCUUUGCGUCUAGAUGUCUACAUGCUUUGUCUCUGUUUGCGCUCUAUCCAGCUUAGUGGGUGGAGGAGUGACGCUCCAGCCAAGUUGUGCUCUGUCCUUGUCUGUUUGGAUUCUGGAUGUGUAGUCACCUUGUUCAGUCAGAGGAAGGGACCGGAGGAAGAAGGGACUUGAGCGCGCCAUUUAACAUUUCCUCUUCAGACAUGACUAAACGCUUCUGCCUGUGUACACAGACGGUUUUUAUUUUAUUUUUUUUACCCUCAAACUGCUGAUGUCUCAAAGCUCAAAUCCAUGUCACUAGUCCCAGUGGUGCAAAAAGCAUUGACUCAUUCAAAAACUCCAUCUGUUGUACAUAGUUUUGCUCUUCUUUUCGAUUGAUAUUACUCCACUCAUGGUGCUAUCAUUGUGGUUUGUUUUUAUGGUAUUUCUUUGUCUUUUUUUGAUCUCUGUACCAACAUGCUGAUAGACUUCUGAUUGAACGAGAUGUUUCUGAUUAUUGUAUGUAGCUAGAAAACAAAGGGUCAGUUUAGGUGGGAAACUCCGGUUUGACAGUCAUGCGGUACUUAAAGCUUGCACAAAAACACUUGCAUCUCUUAUCGAUAUGGAAAAAUAUAACCUGUACUGCUGCUUUUGUGUAUCCAGAUGAGAUUUUUGGAUGAAAUUGAAGAGAAAAAGGAAAAAAAAAAAUCUUUUUUUUUUUAUGUAAUGCUUGCCUUUUUAGAUGCUUCGUAAUGUGGUUUAGGUGAUGUAAUCCUGAAAGAAACUUGGCAGCGACGUUGUUCCCCUGCUUUCGCAGUUUCUCACUUAAUGAAAUUUCUUAAGUGUGCAGUGGACCAAAAAUAUAAACCACCAGAGGAAGCUAAGCGUGAGCCUCCCGACGCUGUUCCCCUGUCCUGCAGUGCCAUGUUGUGACGAAGAAUUGAAGAAAAAAUAAAUCUUAAUAGAAUGUCAGGGAUUUAAUGUACCUCGGCUUUAUCAUAGUGCCUUAUCCUUAAAUGCAGCUUGUCCGCGUAAUCCUGACUGAGGUUGCCCAGCCACAGAUUUGGCUUUCUGGUGACUCGUGGCUGGAUUUGGGCUGGCUCAUCAGUUCUUCAUUUGUUUUGGGGUUUUUUUUCUGUUAACUACUGAACCUAUGAGUCACAGUUUUAGCCCCGUCCUGCCUUCACUCUGCCUUCUUGCAUUUAGCCUUUGUCAUCGAAUGAAGUGAGUGUGUGUCUGCGUGGGUGUGUCUCUUUGACUGUGUUUUCCUGGGUCUGCGCUCUGCUUUUUAUGUGCUCAUACGCCCUUCAUCUGUGUGUUUGUGUGUGUGUGUGUUGGGAACACAUCCAUCAGUCACCCUACCUCAAACCGGUGGUGCCACAACCCUUUUGAUGCGUGCAGCACAGUCACCAAACCUUAAUGCACACACACCACUGUACUGCACAAAUCUCAACCCGAAGAGAAAAUCUGCAUUGCUUUUCUCUCACCUCUGAUGUACUUUGAUUUCGGUUCUUAGCCCAUAAAAUGCUUAAUUUGUUCCCUGUUUAGAGACCAUCUUUGUACAGUGGACCAAAAGUAGAUAUUUUCUAAUAUUUCAGAGAUAUAAAGAUAUAUAGAUAUAUAUAUAUGUAUAGUAUAUAAAGUGAUGAUACACUACAUAUAUUUGUUGCUUUUUUUUAAAUGUGUUUGACCUGAUUGUUAUGACGUGAAUGUUUUUUUUGGUAGCUCAUCUGUAAUUACGUCAUUGACUGUGAAAUCUGAACAGCUUGGGGAAUACAGCGCCUUGCAAAAGUAUUCAUUCCUCCUAUCACAUUUUGCAAACUUACUACUGCAAAUUCCACUUUCCUUAUUAAAUUGAUGCCUAAUUGUGGAUUUUUAACAUCAAGAGAAAAAGGUAUCAUAUACGUUUUUAUUCAGCCCUCCUUGGCCCAGUUAUUUGGAAAAGCAUCUUUUGCUCAUUUAACAUGUCUGUUCAGAUUCAAGCUAACAGCUCUGCACAUCUAGAUCUAAUCAUCUUGGAUUUAAAUUCUGGAACAUUUUUAGCUUUGUUUUAUGUUUAGGGUUGUCCUGUUGGGAGGGAAACCUCUGUCUAGUCGCUAGGCGUUCCAGGACUGCCCUGCAUUUAGCCCCAAUCAUUCGGCUAAAGGAAAGGUAUCUGAACACAAUGAUGCAGCAACAAUUAAAUAGGCUAGAAAGAUGAACUAUGGCCUCAUUUUCCCUGCUGUGUCCAUGAGCACAAGUAGAAAGCUUCCCUUUCUACUUGCUUCACAUAUCAUUCCUCCUCCUGAGCCAGCCUGUUAGUCAUGGAUCAUGUCUUCAUAGGUUUGCAGUUAUUCAUCCUUUACUCUUUCCAAUUUCACGAUGUUUUACACCUACCGUAUAUUUUUUAGUUCAAAUCAGUUGAUGUUUUAUCUGGUGGUUUGGGUUCUGUCAAACAGAGCACUCUAAGCAAACCCUAAAAUUGUUAUAGAAAACCAAUUGGGAAUGUUAACGUUUAUCGGACAGAUGUUAAAGGCAGGAGAAUCAAAUAGAAAUCCAGGGAGCAGAUGCUGCGUUCAGAGCAAGUAGAAAGCACAGAGAUUUAAUUAUAUUAGUCGGAGCACUAAGUUCAAUGUAUAGUAAAUGACGUUGAGAAGAUUGCUCAAGAAAUGCAAAGGGCUUAAUGAAAAGAUGCACAACCUUUGUUUACUUUACCACAUCCAACAAUGCAUACCUGGCAAUGGGAAGCCGUUUGGCUAAAGCUUGCAGCCUUCACCUGGUAGCUGUGUGGGAUUGAGGUCGUGUCACGUUCAUGAACGUCUCCAGCAGUUGCUUGGAACCGAACAGAAACCACAGCAGGUUAUUGAUGGAUAUCAGAUUUAGUCCUCCUUCACUACUCUUUUUUUUGCUGUAUUUCAUAAAAUCUCAAAUGAAGACGUUUGUGUUUGUAACAAAACAUGCAAAAAGUUCAAGAGGCAUAGAUACUUUUGUCAGGCACUGUUCCCUUUGAAUCCUUAGACAACAACUAUACUUGAACUGUUAUAGCCUUCUGAGUCGGGGGGGGGACGAUUGAGAUUAAUCCUCUAUGUAGGAGUUUAUUUGAAAUUUUUGCAGUUCUUUUUUUAUGCUUGUCUGUAACAUUUCUCCACAAAAAUGUUUAUUUAUUAAUAUUUAUUGCAUUUCUGUUUAAAGUGCUUAUACAUGCAUUCUACUGGCAUCUGAGGAUAAUCAGAAGUUAUCCCACUGCAAAGCGUAAACCUACUGUACAGAAAGGAGGUUGGUUGGUUCUGUUUAUUCUUUGUAUUAUCUGUAAGUUAAAUAAUUGUUUUAAAAGAAAAAGGGAGAAGGAGGGGUAGCGCUGUAUUUGCUGUAUUUACAAAUCUUUGUGUUAUUAACGGUGCACAGGUGGUUUAACUUCUUUGUUUUUGUGCAACUUAGAUGGGCCUCAACAUUGACUAGGUUGGGAAAGUGCAAAUACUUUGUGUCAUUAUGUUACCGGGUCAGCGGACUCUGCCAUGUUCUGUUUGUUGGAGGAAUUUGAAAAUGAAGAUGCUGGAAUUCUCACUCUGAUCGUGCCGACUUGAAAUAUUUGACCAGAUCCUGGAACUGACUGAGCUCAGAUCUGGCUUUCCAGUUUUAUUCAUUACGGAUUAUAAGUUAAAAAAAAAGAAGGAG